UUUGUUUUGACCCCUCCCAUAUCAGCACGCCCAUUCAAAAUGGCGGAGUUGUCAUCCGGUGGAAGGAUACAAAAAAUCCUUGAUGGCUUUAAAUUGAACUGGAUGAAUCUCAGAGAUGCUGAAAAUGGCAAAAUUAUGUGGCAAAGCUACGACAACUUAUCAGUACCAGGUGUGGAACAUGAAGCUCGGGUUCCUAAAAAGAUAUUAAAAUGCAGUCAAGUGUCUCGGGAGAUUAACUUCUCCUCUGAGCAAGAACUAACUAAUCUCAGACUACAGCAAAACAUAUACUUCAAAGACAAGCUAAUAGAAGAAUGGAGUUUUGAAUUCGGGUUUGUUAUCCCCUCGUCCACUAAUACUUGGCAGUCAAUAAUUGAAGCAGCUCCAGAGUCCCAGAUGAUACCUGCUUCACUACUGAGUGGUAAUGUUGUCAUAGAGACUGAGUUUUUUGACGGCAACUUGUUGAUAAGCACUUCUCGUGUCCGACUCCAUUACGUUUGACGCUUUGUCACGUGACUCUCACAUGAUCACUUAUGCUGUUGUUUUUACGCUCAUUCUAUUGAUUUUAAUAAUAAUUAUUAUUAUUAUUGUUUUAAUGUUAAGUUGUUACCAUUAAUCAAUGAA